AUGCUCGCCAACAAACAUUACAUCCGAAAGAUCUCGCUCGAUGGUAACAGUUACGAAAUGGCAGCUCAAGGUUUCGACAAUGUGGUCUCGCUGGACGUCGACCUGACGGAAAAGAAGGGAACAUGUGAGAAUAUUAUAUGGAAUUUAGGCUACAUGGUCGACCAAGGAAAACUGCGUCUGUUACGUGUAGACCUGGAGGAGAUGGACAGUCCAGUAACCAGCUACGAAACCGUACUACGACAUAACAUCUUUGGAAUAGAAGGAUUCGCAGUAGACUGGGUUGGACGGAAAAUCUACAUGUUGAACAGACAAGAGAAAUCCAUACGUGUUUGCGAACUCGACGGCCGAUUCUGCAGGACUCUCAUCAGAGAUCGGAUUUCACAGCCGAAGGCAAUCGCUGUUCACCCUGGAAAAGGUUAUCUGUUCUUCACAGAGUGGAGUCUGCAGCCGUACAUCGGUCGCAUGGCCCUGGAUGGCUCUCCAGAACUAGCUGAUCCUAUCGUGAAGCUAGCCGAGAACGAUCUCGGAUGGCCAAACGCACUCACUAUCGAUUACUAUUCAAACCGGUUGUUCUGGGGUGACGCUCAUCUGAAUGAGAUUGGAUUCAUGGAUCUAGACGGAGGUGGUCGACGCCACAUCCCAGCGCAACGUACUAGUCAUGUGUCGAGUAUGGUGGUAUUCGAUGACUACCUUUACUGGUCUGACUGGAACCUUCGAGAAGUGGUCCGCUGUGAUAAAUGGACCGGAAUGAACGAAACAGUGCUGAAGAAGACUAUUCAGCUGCCAAACGACUUGAGGGUAAAUUACUUAACCCAACUCCGUUCACAUCAAGCAUAUCCCGAACAUGUUGGAACGAAUAAUGGUGGUUGCUCACAUCUCUGCCUCAUCGGAGCCGGCGGUAAUGGCUACACCUGUGCGUGCCCGGAUCAGUUCGUACUGCUUGGCGAUAACAAGUGCGCUGCAACUGGCAAAUGUAUUCCGAAGCGAUUCACUUGCGAUGGCGAUGACGAUUGUGGAGACAGAUCCGAUGAAGCCGACAGUCUCUGCUUGAGUCCCGACCGGAAUUGCACCGCUGAAGAAUUCCGCUGUACGAACAAUAAAUGCAUUGCAAAAGCCUGGCGUUGCGACAACGACGACGAUUGCGGUGACGGUUCAGAUGAAACACCUGACUGCGCACAGGUGGACUGCCGUCGUGGAUGGACUCGUUGUGCCAGCUCUUACAGAUGUAUACCGAACUGGGCCUUCUGUAACGGUCAAGACGAUUGCCGUGACAACUCGGACGAGAACAAAGAGCGAUGUCCAACUUGCGACGAUAUUGGUGAAUUCCGUUGUGCAACCACCGGAAAGUGCAUUCCACGGCGAUGGAUGUGCGACAGUGAGAACGACUGCGGCGAUAACUCGGACGAGUUGGACGCAAGCUGUGGUGGUACAAGUAGGCCAUGCUCUGAGAGCGAAUUCCGAUGCAAUGAUGGAAAAUGUAUUCCGGGCAGCAAGGUCUGCGACGCCAAGAAGAAUGGAAAGACUUGUGAGUCGCACAAUGACAAUGGCGGUUGUAAACAUCUUUGUACAGACGUUCGUGACGGCUACUACUGUCAUUGUCGCGACGGUUUCAAACCGGAUCCGACGAAUCCGUUCGACUGUGUCGACAUCGACGAAUGUGCCGGUAAUAACACCUGCACGCAGUUGUGCCUCAACACCAAGGGAUCGUAUCUGUGCCGAUGUCACGAGGAUUACGAGAACAACGUUGUUGUGGGUGCAAUGACUGGCAAGGAUUGCAGAGCUAAGGGUGAUCCCGCAAACAUAAUCGUUGCAUCCGAUGAUGAGCUCGUUCAAGUGGCCUUACACGGAGCAAGAGUGAAUCGUCACGCUGCCGCUCAGGCGGAACAAGACGAUAACGACAUCAUAGCGAUUGCGUUCGAUGCCCGACGUGCACUUCAAUUCUGGCUCGAUGGCGGUAGUAAUGCCAUCUUCAGAGCAUCGGAACCGAACGGCAACCAGUCACAUGCUGGUCAAAAGCUCGACUUGGACUUCAACUCUUUAGGUGUAGCUCCGACCAGUAUAGCUGUAGGACUAUUUGACUGGGUGAGUGUGAAAGACGACUUGAAAAUAAAUAUCUUCAUCACAGCAGUAUCCUUGGAUGAGUCGGUUGCGGCGAAUGCGGUGCCGGGAGCUCGUAAGAAGCGAAUGAGCGAGGCGAUCCAUAACACUAACACCGGAAGCGUCUAUGUGGCCUUGUCAGAUGGACGCUACUUGAAGAAGAUCGUUAGCGGUCAUCUACAAAUGCCAUCCGCUAUUGUGACAUUGCCCUCGAUAGGACGAAUUUGCUACGCGGAUGCCGGUCUUCAUGCCAAAAUCGAAUGUGCCGAUAUGGAUGGAACUCAUAGAGAGGUUAGUUUGGACCACGGCUUGCUUAGCACGUCAUUAUUGCCCAAAAAUACUUCCCUUGAACUCGAACUCUUUCUAGGUACUGACCGAACGACCAUUGUGCGAGAUCCCAACGUGCCGUGGGCGAUAGAUGUCUUUGAAAAUCAUCUGUACUGGGUCAGCCGCGAAACGAAGACGCUCUAUGUGCAGGAUAAAUUCGGCCGUGGACGAGUAUCAGUACUGGCUUCAGAUCUCGAAGAUGUUCACGCAGUACGGGUUAGCCAGAGGAUAAAUUCGGCCGUGGACGAGUAUCAGUACUGGCUUCAGAUCUCGAAGAUGUUCACGCAGUACGGGUUAGCCAGAGUUACAUUUUUCUAUACGAAACUAAUUGGUCACAAGAAUUUGGCUCCUUACAGGUACGCCCGUGACUCGACACGGGCAAAGAGCGCAUGUGCAGAGGCUCGAUGCAGUCACAUUUGUGUGCAGCUACCAAACGAUGGUUUCGCUUGUCUCUGUCCUGAGAACGUCUUCCCUGGCACGCAGUCCACUGAACUUCACUCCUCCGAUGAUGUUGAAGAGUGGUUCGACGAGGACGGCUCAUGCCCGAUUGCACGUGUAGAAGCCCUAGUGAUGCCACGCCAAUGCAAAUGCACGAACGGUGGACGGUGUAAGCUGGACGGCAGCUGCGAAUGCUCGUCAGACUUUGAAGGCGAAUAUUGUCAAAAAUCGAAUACUGUCAGCAGAAAGCUCAUUGGAAGAAUUUCCGAAAAUCUACUUCUGGCUCUUUUCCUGCUCCUCGCAUUGUUUGCAUGCAUAGGCCUGGUGGCAUUUGUCGGCGUCAACCUCUACAGGAAGAGAACCCUCCUGUCAAAGAAGAACGAGGCAGCUGACAGUAGUGUGUCGUUCCACGGAAAUGUUAUUUCCUUUAGUAAUCCUGCGUUGGAUAGCAAACAGGAUCCACAUCCUAUAGAGUACAGUAUGCAACAAAUUACUUCAUCUGAACCGGGUUCGACAACGUUCUCAAAUCCCGUGUACGAUUUGGAAACGGACGCCACAGAGAUGUCAACCCUGGAAAACACACCGUCCACGUCACGAGCAGCGAGUUUCCGUUCGCAAAAUCGAACCGGUGACGACGUUAUAGCCACGGGAGCGGAACUCACAACAAAACCGGUGGUGCCUCCUCGACCGACCAAAGUGGAGAAGGACAAAAACAUUCUGCUCGAAAAUCCCGUUUUCGAAGCACAUCCGGAUGAAAUCUCGGAUGUGUAG